AUGUAUGUUUGUCUUCAAGCUUGCAAAGAGGGGUUCAAAGCAGGUUGUAGAAGGAUUAUCAGCCUUGAUGGAUGCUUCUUGAAGGGUUAUUAUACUGGUUACUUACUGGCAGCAGUUAGUAUCGAUGCUAAUGGUGGAAUCUAUCCCAUAGCAUAUGCUGUUGUGGAGAGUGAGAAUCAAUAUUCAUGGUUAUGGUUUCUGGAAAUUCUUGAAAGAGACUUGGACAUUGACAACUCAUAUGGAUGGUGUUUUAUGUCUGAUAGACAAAAGGGACUUGUUGAAGCUGUGGCAGAGCUAUUCCCUAAUGCUGAAGCCAGGAAUUGUGUAAGGCUUAUUUAUGCCAAGUUCAAAAAAUAUCACAAAGGAAAAGCUCUUAAGGAUGCACUAUGGAGAGCUGCUAGAGCAACUUAUGGUAGAGAAUUCCAAGAUGCCAUAACAGAAUUGAAGACUUUGUCUAAUGAUGCAUUUGAGUGGCUGAAGCAUCUUAACCCUCAACAGUGGUCCAAAGUACAAUUCUCUGCCACUACUAAAUCUGACAUGCUUCUCAAUAACCUUUGUGAAUGUUUUAACAAGAUCAUUUUGGAAGCUAGAGACAAGCCCAUCCUUACUAUGAUGGGGCUGAUUAGAACCAAAAUUAUGAGAAGAAUUGUUUGCAGAUAUGAAGCAACUGAAAAGAUUAAUGGGCCAUUAUGUCCAAAUAUUCAGAAGAAGCUGAACAUUAUAAUUGAUCAAGCAACUAGGUGUUGGGCUACACAUGCUGGAGGGUUGAAAUAUCAAGUUGAAUGUGGUCCAGGAAAUCAACUUGUGAUGGACAUGGGCUCCCACUCUUGUUCUUGUAGAAAAUGGGACCUGACAGGCAUCCCAUGUAUCCAUGCAGUAGCAGUCAUGCAACUGCACAAUGAUCGACCUGAACCUUAUGUUCAUACAUGCUACCACAAAUCCACACAACUUGCAAUAUAUUCUAAUUUCAUUUGUCCUGUCAAAGGUGUUAAGCAAUGGACUAUUGUCAUUGAAAUGGAGCCUAUUCUGCCUCCAGAAUUGAGAAGACCGCCUGGAAGGCCAACCAACCAAAAAAAGGAGAAAGGAAGCUGA